UGCAUUGCAGCGCUGCUAUCCUUUGCUGUCUCUUGUCUGUCUCUCACUCUCUCCGUUGCCGUCGGUUCCCUUGCGAAUCCAACCGCGACACCAUCCUCCUAUCCCUUUUUUUUAUUAUUUCUUCUUUUCUGGCUGUACCAUAUCGUGCUGAUGCUUUUUCUCUGCCCUCCCUUCUCUGCUUUUGUCAUUCCGCAUAGCGUGGGUUUGAUCUUGCAGGACUACCUUUUCUUUUCGGCUCCUGUCCUAAUUAUGUGCUUCAUGUCAUAUCACGGUCAUGUCAUGUCAUUCCUUCAUUCGCUCGUUCGCUCUCUCGUCCGACUUGGACGCGGAGUCAUCUGCAUCGCCUAUACUCAGGCCAUGACAGUUGCCGACCGGCCCAGUCUGGGCGGGUGGGCAGGUGCUGCGCUGGUCGCGGGCUACCUGCCUCCUACAUACACUCACACUCACACUAACACACACCCUGAUGUACCAUCAUUAUUGCUCGACAUGACUGACGCUCUACUGUUACCAAUUACUAUCCAUCGGCUGUUGACUGGUUUGGAUUGUUGUUGCCGUUAUUUUGAUGUCACACAUACUAUUUCACAGAACUUACUUGGAUACAUUCUAAGUGAGGUUGUACCAGAUAAUCUAAUUGUCAUGAUUACUACCACUACUACAAGUGUCUGCAUCCAUCCAUCCAUACAAAGUAGCUACUAUCUCCCAUUGACUUUGCACCAACCCGACUAA